GUCUCUUAUGUCCUAUAGCCAGCGCGAUGAGUCGGUUCGUAUAACACCUCCCAAGCGGGUCGAUUAUUAUUGCUUCUACCAGGAAGAAAUUGAGAACCCCACACCAAAACCCUACUCCACCCUUCGGCUCGUCUCAUUUCGGAGCUCGCCUGAAUCCAUUCCCACAGAGAGAGAGAGAAUGGUGGUUCGCUUGCGGCUGUCGAGAUUGGGAUGCAAGAACAAGCCUUUCUACAGACUAACGGCGGCGGAUAGCAGUUCUCCGAGGGACGGCAAGCAAUUGGAGGUCUUGGGCUACUACAAUCCCCUUCCUGGCCAAGAUGGUGGUAAAAGAAUGGGUAUCAAUUUUGACAGAGUGAAGUAUUGGCUUUCGGUUGGUGCACAGCCCUCAGAGCCCGUCCAACGCCUUUUGUUCCGAUCUAGUUUGUUGCCACCUCAGCCAAUGCUUGCUAUGGGUCGGAAGGGGGGCCCACGCGACAUGCGCGUGGUUGACCCGAUGACUGGACGUGUUAUCACUGAGGAUAAACGAGCCAAUGCUGUAUACCUUGAGUUCUAAGGUAUACAGCUCGUUUUGUGAUUUGUCAGCUAGUCUGUGAUGCACUUUUUCCUAGUCGUUUUGUUUACAACAGCUUGCAUUUGAUGAACNAAAAAAAAAAAAAAGGAUAUUUUAGGGGAUUCUGCUUUCGAAACAGGAAAGGUAUGUAACAGACUUUUGUUUAUUUGCUAAGCUAUGUUAAUAAAUAGCAUGUUCCUUCCGGAUUUCACUUUCUUCGUUGAGAUGUAUCAAAUAUUUGCCUUGGAGAGUAUGUUGCAUCUUGAAUAGUUUUAUAUUUUUAUUCACUUUGCUCUGGAAUUCAGCAUGUUUAUGAACGAG